UUCCAACCAUCCCUUGACCCCAAUCUCACUUCAACUCCUUAACAGUCCUUUCUCUAUCCUUUCUUCCAUACAAUAUCAUACUCCGUAUAUUCAUAUCUCUGCUUCACCACUAUCGAUUUCCCUUCACACAUGCUUACAAACAACCCACUUAUUCUCUCCUUUAGAUAUAUUAAGAGCCCCAUCUCGCAUGGUCUUUCAAAAAAAGAUUUAGAGAUUUACUCUCCCCUGAUGGGUUUUGCCCAAGAAUGAUUUGCAAACUCAAUAAAGGAAGUUGAUUUAUCAUUUUAUCAAAUCUUUUUUGUCCUUGUAUUUCAUUAGCAUGUGUUACUAAAUAGAUCCAUCUAUGUCCUAGUUUGUAAAUUUUCUGAUGUAAUAUCUAGAAAUAGAGAUAUGAUAGAAAUAGGUAAUGAAGGGCAUCAAGCAACCCAAAUCUCAGUUAAUGAUAUAGAAUGAUGAAUAUGGAUUUGCAAAGAGAUGUUGCCUAUGCUAUAUGUGGAUGUUGAAGUGAACAUUGUGCAUUGGAUUUUCUCGGAAGAAUUUAUAUUUUGUGUCCGUUCGUAGGCACAAUGAAUAGAGAAAAUAGAAAUUGGAUGUACAAUAAAUAUGUUGACAAUGGUAGAGGAUUAACAAACGAGUUUAAGAAUGGAGUUAUUGAAUUUGUUAAGUGGGCACAACAACAAACACAGUACAUGGACGGAAAUAAGAUAAGAUGUCCGUGUAAGGAGUGUAAAAAUAACAAAUUCUUGCUUGGUGAGGACGUGUGUUGGGAUUUAUAUACUCAUGGUUUUAUCGAAAACUAUUACAAUUGGACUUCUCAAGGAGAACCGAUUGAGACAUGUUAUUUGCCUCAACCUGUGGGAACAUCUUACUAUGUUCCCGAUGAGAUGGCUGCGUGGGGAAAUUAUGCAGAUAUGGAAUGGGAGCAAAGAAUGGUUUAUGAUUUGGUUGGUUCUUCUGCAUUUUCCAAUAACCAUCCGGAUACCUAUCCGAAUAAUGAUUUCACCGCACACAGUAAUGCGGGUGAGGGACCUAGUUCAUAUUUUUAUGAUGUUGAUGCGUUAGGCACGCGAUUUCAAGAUGUUCUUAAAAGUGCGGAUCAACCAUUGUAUUCUGAUUGUGAUGGUCAUUCGCAGCUAUCUGCGGUUUCUGAAUUUUUGAAUAUAAAGUCCGAAUAUAAUCUGUCUGAGAAUUGCAUGUCCAGGAUACUUGACUCAGUUGGUAGCAUGUUACCACGUGAUCAUUCUCUUCCCGACACGUAUUACAACAUGAAAAAAUUCGUCUCUGAAUUGGGUCUUCCUAUGAUUAAAAUCCAUGCAUGCCCCGGAGGAUGCAUGUUAUUUUGGAAAAAUGACGAGGGAUUGACCCGUUGUAAAUUUUGUAAUGAGGAUAGGUACAAGCCUAUGUCAGCAAUGAGCCACAAACCACGAAAACGAUCUGCAGCAUCCAAAUUGAUAUAUUUGCCUUUAGCACCACGUUUACAAAGAUUGUAUGCGUCAAGUGCUACCGCUAAAUACAUGACGUGGCAUGUCGAGCAUGACACAGAAGAAGGAUUAAUGUGUCACCCAUCUGAUUCAGAUGCAUGGAAGCAUUUGGACCGAUGUUAUCCUGAAUUCGCUUUCGAACCACGCAACGUUCGUCUUGGGUUGUGUGCUGAUGGUUUUGCCCCAUAUGGUCAAUUUGGCGGACAGUUCUCAUGUUGGCCAAUUAUCAUCACACCGUAUAAUCUGCCUCCGGACAUGUGUAUGAAACAACAUUUUAUGUUUUUAUCGUUGAUGUGUCCGGGACCUGGUAAUCCUAAGAAACGAAUUGAUGUGUACCUACAACCAUUGAUUGAGGAGUUGAAACAACUAUGGGAUGUAGGUGUUCCUACAUAUGAUGUUACGACAGAGCAGAUAUUUAAUUUGAGAGCUGUGGUUUUAUGGACAAUUAGUGAUUUCCCAGCAUAUGGAAUGCUAUCUGGUUGGAGUACCGCAGGCCUUAUGGGGUGUCCUGUUUGUAUGGAGAAGUCAAAUGCAUUUUGGCUCAAAAAUAGCCGCAAACCAUCUUAUUUUGAUUGUCACCGCAGGUUUCUCCCUCAAAACCAUCCAUACAGAAAGGAUAAAAAGUCUUUCCUGAAGGGGCGCGUUGAGCGUGAUCCUCCACCUCCGAGGUUGACAGGAUAUCAAAUUUUGAAUCGUGUUCAGCACAUUCCUUCUGCCAUAGAUGAACCUCUUGAGUAUCCAUAUGGAUAUAAGACUGAUCAUAAAUGGACCAAAAAAAGUAUUUUUUGGGAAUUACCAUACUGGAAAUAUCUACUCAUUAGACACAAUUUGGAUGUAAUGCAUAUUGAGAAAAAUGUUUUUGAUAACAUUUUCAACACAGUCAUGAACUUCAAAGGGAGAACCAAAGAUGGUCUAUCAUCCCGAAGGGAUAUAGCUUUGUAUUGUGAUAGACCGGAAAUAGCUAUGGGCCCUGAAUAUGAAGGCCCCUACAAGAAAGCUGUUUACCAAGUGACGGUUGAACAGAAGCAAAAAAUAUUGGAGUGGCUUAUUCAGUUGCGAUUUCCAGAUGGAUACACAUCCAACUUCAAGAGAAUUGUUGACUUAGAAAAGUUGUCAAUUAAAAAUAUGAAGAGCCAUGAUUGUCACGUAAUCAUGCAACGUUUACUCUCAGUUGCUCUGAAGGAAAAUCUUCCGGCCAAUGUAUGGGCGUGUAUUGUUGAUGUUUCCCAACUUUUUCAGUUAAUAUGUUCGCCUGUACUUAACAAAAAAGCUCUUGAGGACCUUCACCGCAAUGUUCCGACUAUAAUGUGUAAUCUCGAAAAAGUGUUUCCUCCAUCCUUUUUUGAUGGAAUGGAGCAUCUACUUAUCCAUCUUCCAUGGGAAGCUAGAAGAGGAGGUCCACCAUUUUAUAGAUGGAUGUACAGCUUUGAGAGGUUUUUGCGGGAACUGAAAAAGAAAGUGACAAAUAAAGCUCACGUCGGAGCUUCUAUCUGCCAAGCAUACCUCACGGAAGAAGUUUCUACAUUCUCUUCUUUCUAUUUUGAAAGAGAUGUGAUUACCAGACGAAAAAGACCAGCUAGAAAUGAUGACAUUGAUGAGGGAAUGUAUGAGCAAAUGGUAUCAAUUUUCAACUAUCCUGGCAAAGGUUAUGGCAGACAAACACAUCGUCAUGUUGUCGGAGAUGAGUUCCGAAUUGCACACACCUACAUUUUGGUGAACUGUCCCGAAGUUAUUCCGUAUUACAAUGACUUCAGAGAAAAUCUUUCCAGUUCCGGUUACGGGAAUGAGGACAUUGAUCAUUUCAUCGACACUGACUUUGCAAGAUGGUUCAAGCAGACGAUACUGCGUGAAGCUGCCACAGGGACUAUGGACCCAUUUUUGGAAUCACUAGCAUGGGGGCCUGAAACUUUAGUGAAGUGUUGGUCUGUCUAUUUUGUCAAUGGUUACAAAUAUCAUACCCGAGCCUAUGGAAACAAUAAACCCACAAUGAACAGUGGAGUGUGUGUCCCAACGUGCAGUUUCGAUAACUCAGAGACUGACUUUUUUGGAUAUGUUGACGAGAUACUAGAGAUGAAAUUUGCAGGUGAAAAGGAGUUAUCGAUUGUACUUUUCCGAUGCACUUGGGUAGAUCCCGUGAUGGGGGUGAGAAAAGACGACAUACACAAUUUACGCGAUGUGAAUCAUGCGCGAGCAUAUCAGAAAAACGAGCCAUUCAUUUUAGCUCAACAAGCUGCCCAAGUUUAUUACGCAGAAUAUCCGACAACAAAGCAGAGAAUAUCUCCUUGGGUGUGCGCUUGCACAAUUAGACCGAGAAAAGUCGUUUCUCAUGCAAUACAUAAGAAUGUCGAUAUUGACAUUUACCAACAAGAGUUUUUUCUAGCUCCAGUUCCACAAACUAUUGACGAGGAAAUUAUUUUGGAAGAUUUUACUGGGGCAGAAAUAGAACCUGAUCCUAACGACGGCAACGAUGACCCCAACGAAGGAAGUCAAUAUGAAGAGGAUUGGAACUUCCAGACGGAAGAUACAGAUGAAGAUGACUACAUUGACAAUACCGACCCAGAUACUGAAAAUGAAGAUGAAUGAACAAUUGUAAUUUGUAGCUGUUUUGCAAUUUUGAAUUCUGCUUCUCCUGAAUAAUGUUUUGUAUUUCGUAUUGAAUAAUGCAAAUUAUUUCGUCUUAAUUUCGUCAUAAUUACUAGUUAAUAAAAUAGUAAUGGACUCAGAGCCC